GAUGGCUGCGCCCAUGCGAUUAUUCACCAGAUGCUUAUUUGCUGAAGGAAAACCAAGUAUAUCACGGAUUAUCAGAGAAAGGAAGACAGAAGGAUUGACAUUCAGUCAGAUUCGCCAAACAGCUUCCCCUUCACGUGAGCUGAAGAAAUUUUACAAGAAUGCUCAUGUUGUCGUUGCAGAUGGUUGGUUUGAAAUCAAUUUGGAUAACAGAAAACUAAGAACGCCAACAGGUAAUCUGUUCCGUGUUCCUAAUGAAACUUUAGCAAUGGCAGUGGCUACAGAAUGGAAUGCCCAGAAAGAUACAAUAAAAAGACACAGCAUGCACCUGAAUGGGUUGUCUAAUACAGCACUGGAUAACCCCACUGGGAAAACCAAAGAAGGAAUGAUAACAGCAUUGAUGCACUUUUUGGAAACAGACACAAUUUGUUACAGACUGACAGAGCCACAGGAUUUAGCAGAGCUUCAGCAGCAGGAAUGGGAUCCAGUCAUCAAAUGGGCAAGUGACAGAUACAAUGUAGAGUUGGGUUCAACUACUGGUCUACAGAGCCUUGUGAUUCCAACCAACACAAGAAACACUUUAGAAAAGUACCUGAUCCACAAUAAUGAAUGGGCAUUACAUGGUUACCAGUUUGGUGUUGAGGCCCUGAAGUCACUGCUGUUGAUGUUAGCUGUGGUCCACAAGCAAGUAUCUGUGGAGCGAGCUGUCUAUCUGGCCACACUUGAGAGCCAGUAUCAGUUAAAAACUUGGGGCAGCGUUGAAUGGCACCAUGAAUUGGAUAAGUACGACCUACAAGCCCGUGUAGCUGCCGCAGCUCUCUUUGUUCACUGGUCAAGCGAGAAAAGUAGUACUCGGGUCUGGUCAAAAACAUAAUGGCUUUAUAAACCAGUAUCAAAGACUUUUUCUCUUGUAAAACCACAAUUUAUAUUGACUUUACAGUUAAUAAAUCAAUAGAAUUAUUA